AACGUGUAAAGAGAUUAAAGUGUUAAUCAGUGAGGCAUGAAAUAUAAAUUAGCGACGUAGAGGGGGCACGGUCUACUAUUUGAGAUGCGACAUCAUUUAGCGUUAACCGUGCCCGUCGAUCGGUGGGCUGAAAAUAAAUCUGUACCUGGUUACAUAACAAGUGCUAAAAAUUAUGUCCAAAACUUUCCAAGCCAUGGAGAAGAAAAAAUAUGAACCUAUUUGGCCCCCUGACGAGGAUACAGCCUCACAUGAGAGUGACUGCGAAGAGGAAGAAGAGGACACAACAGCCCACCUAAAGCCCCGCCGACCUUUCUGGGCCAACAAAAUACAAUUUGUGUUAGCAUGCGUUGGCUACUCCGUUGGCCUCGGCAAUGUGUGGAGGUUCCCCUACCUGUGCUACAAAAGCGGAGGAGGAGCCUUCCUCAUACCCUAUUUUAUAAUACUCUUAGUAUGCGGUGUGCCAAUGCUUUUCAUGGAAUUGGCCGUGGGCCAGUACACAGCUCACGGUCCCAUUGGUGCCUUGUCACAAAUUUGCCCUCUCUUUAAAGGUGCGGGCUUAGCCAGCGUAGUGAUCUCAUUUCUAAUGUCCACGUACUAUGCGGUGAUCAUAGCGUGGGCCAUCUAUUAUUUCUUCACGUCAUUCAAGACAGAAGUACCGUGGGCGAGCUGUUCGAAUCGAUGGAACACGCCGCAGUGUUGGGUGCCCAACCAUAACAUGACCAAGCCCAAUGGCUCCCAAACGCCCACCGAACAGUUCUUCGAGAAAAAGGUACUGAGCAUGAGCGCCGGCAUAGAAUACCCAAAUGGAAUGCGGUGGGAACUGGCGGCUUGCUUGGUCUGUGCUUGGGUUCUAGUUUACUUUGCUCUGUGGAAAAGUAUCAAGUCUUCCGCCAAAGUACGCUAUAUCACCACAACACUGCCCUUUCUGCUAAUUAUUGUUUUCCUCGGACGGUCGUUAACACUAGACGGAGCUGAUAAAGGUCUCAGAUUCUUCUUCAAGCCAGAAUGGGAACUAUUAAAACAAUCAAGACCAUGGGUUAACGCAGCUUCACAAAUAUUUAACUCAAUCGGUGUUGCUUUUGGAUCGAUGAUAAUGUUCGCUUCUUACAAUCGAUUCGAUAAUAAUUUUCUCCACGAUACUGUGGCUGUUUCACUAAUCAAUGCUAUCACUAGUCUCAUCGUGGGGAUCUUUACGUUUGCCACAAUCGGAAACAUCGCCUUUGAACAAAACACUCCCGUCAAGGAUGUCAUCGCGGACAGUCCUGGAUUAUUAUUUGUCGUAUAUCCACAAGCAAUUGCAAAAAUGCCCGCAUCACAGCUAUGGGCAGUGCUGUUCUUCUUUAUGUUCCUUUGUCUUGGACUAAACAGCCAGUUUGCAAUCGUUGAAGUUGUGGUGACGUCGAUACAAGAUGGGUUCCCAGACAUGAUACGCAGAAGACUCGUGUAUCACGAAUUGUUAGUGCUGUGCGUGUGUGGAGUGUCGCUAGUGUUUGGCCUGCCGCACAUAAUACACAGUGGCAUUUACGUGUUCCAACUCAUGGACUACUACGCCGCGUCACUGAGCAUCACAUAUCUAGCCUUCUUUGAAGUGGUGGCGAUUGCUUGGUUCUACGGCGUGGGCAGACUGUCUAGAAAUAUUAAACAAAUGACGGGUCGGCGUCCUUCGUUAUAUUUCCGAGUAUGUUGGCUGGUUGCGACACCGGCGCUGCUUCUCGCGCUGUGGGUGGCCAGUCUGGUGGACUACACUCCGCCAAGCUACCGACAGUACCAGUAUCCGACGUGGGCGCAGGCGCUCGGCUGGAUCAUUGCUUCUCUCUCACUUCUAUGCAUUCCAGUAUACGCUGUAUGUGUCGUAGCCAAAUCUCCGGGAAACAAUUGGAGAGAGAAAUUACGUCACUCCAUUCGUCCGACAUCUCUAUGUGAAUGCGGUGUCACUGGAUGCGACAUUUGUUACUCGGACUCCGAGCAACCGGACGAUAAACCUGCUAUCAACUAGUCUGAAAACAACUUAGAAAAUAAGAACAUAUACAUACUUUCUACUCUACAAUAGUAUACUCUGAUAUCAAGAAUAAACAAGACAGUAAGAUAAUGAAACGAGACGGUAUUCCAUCAUAAUUAUCAUUAAUUUACAAUCAGGCGGGGCCUGCACUCGACCUACUAUAAUAAUAAAGUAGCACACUUGAGAGUUCAUUUGGAGAGCGAAGAACAAUCACAAUAUUUGUCAACCGAAACGAUCUUCGAUUUUACUUAUACAUAUCUACUGCCAAAAUGUUUGUUAUCAACUACGAUAGCUAUGUAGUUAAAUUCGCUCUUUGACCACAGACGUCUGCGUUGCUAGUUUUUCAAUUAAUUUGAACACGAUUCAAUCAAUGCUUAAACUUAUUAUUUUGUCCUUGUAGACGUAAGCAAACCGUAGACGGUAAAACCCAUCAGAACCAGUAUUAAGUUUUCUAUGUAUCUACUUAUUUAAAGUUAAACAACGUGACAUUUGAGUUUGUCGUAUUUAUACAAAUAUUAGCAUAAGUAUUUAGUAUGUUUCCUAAAACUUUUGUGAUCAAAGUCAUUCCAUUAGAAGUCGUAUUCGAUAUAAGUGAACAUUAUUUAUUUCUAGAAAUAUCAUUCUUAUUCUUAGAAAGUGUAAAAAAAUCGAAUGAAAAACUAUUUUUCCAGUUAAAAUCUCACAGCAUCAGAAACAUGUAAUAGGUACCAACAAUAAGUACUAUCUACCUAUACGUAGGUAUAUAUAUAUCAGCCUACUUUAUGAUAAUGGCACACAGUUGCGGCAUAAUUACACAAUAUUGAUAAAAUAACGUCUGAUAGGUACAAAAUUAAGCUGUAGUUAUGUGUUACG